AUGGGUGGAGGACCAGAGUGGAAAAAAGGUGAAGAGAAGGUACAUGACGAAACCAGUGUUGUUCUCGGUAAGUCUGGGCCGAAGUACAUAUUCUCGUUUGGAGAUUCAUACACUUCCACCAAUUUCGACAUCAAUGGAGCACAGCCGUCUCGGAAGAACCCUCUCGGCAAUUCUGACCUCGGGAAUGAAACCAGUGCCCAAGGGCCUGUCUGGAUCGAAUUCUUGACGGCGAAGUACAAUAGGAGCCCUGUUUUGACCUACAACUUCGCCGUCGGUGGAGCCUCGAUCCCAGAUAAUUACACGUAUCAAGUGGAGAAUCUGUAUCAGCCCAAGUACUCGAAAGAGAAGUUUUGGCAAGGGUCGAACACUUUGUUUACCUCCUGGAUUGGGAUUAAUGAUGUCAGCGAUGCUUGGAUUAAGAACGACUCAUCCGUGUUACUCCCUAGACUUAAUCAUUAUUCAGAUCUUCUCGAAAAAAUGUGGAAGACAGGAGCAAGAAACUUCUUCAUUGUGAAUAACCCGCCACUGGACAGGAGCCCAUUUAUCCUCGGCGGUGAUGCUGGCUCAAUUGCGCACUACGCAAAGAUGAUCAAAGUGUUCAACGAAAACCUGCCGAAGCACGUCGCUGCAUUCCAGGAUGACCAUCCAGACGGACAAGUUGUGCUGUAUGACGUCCACUCGUUCUUCUCGAAGGUGCUGGAUAAUCCGCAUGCAUAUGGCUUCAGAGACAACAUCUCUCAGGACGAGGACGGUUGUAUGUGGUCGGGAUCUUUCCACAUCCGGACUGGAUUUGACGAUGUUAUUGCAAAAGACAUGGCCAGCACUAUUGCUAAAUUCCGGUUUUCCGAGUGA